GUGUACAUUAUUAGAUAUUCAUGUACAUGUACAUGUAGGUUGGGAGUCUCAGUUACUUGAAAUGGGUUUCCUUGCAAUGUUCUUAUCUCCAGUUUUGAGUUAUAGCCAGUUUCCAUGUCACACACCCACAAGCUGGACCAAUGUCUGGGGAAAUCGCUGGAUGAUAUUCCGCAUUAUGAUUGGAGCUGGUUUGAUAAAGAUGAGAGGUGAUAGCUGUUGGAGGGACUUGACUUGUAUGAACUAUCAUUAUGAGAUUCCAGCUGAACAAGGUCAGACUUAUGCAUCAGAAGUUAAUGCCAUAUUUGGAGAGACUAGUGCCCUCACUGCUAGGAAUGUUGAGGAAAUGUUCAUUGAAAUAACUUGUAAGUUACCACCAGAUUGUUUAACUAGUUUACCAGCUGGUGCCUCUCUCUUAAGACAGACUGAUACACCAUGUGCUAAGGGAGGAUGCUGUGGAGGAGGGGGAGGGGACAAAGGACCAUCAUAAUAGUUCAGUUAUAAUAAGAUAAUAAAUUAAUAAUUAUUUAUUAUUAUUAUUGUAAUAACAACUGACACAUGCACUGCUUGCCCAAUAAGCUGGUUGUACUAUUCUCUUCUAUUUUAUUUUAAUUGUCUUUGAUUGCAAUAAUAAUUUAUUAUUAAAA